AAGCCUCACUUGUGUUCUCAUGCUCUGAUGUUUCACGGCUUUUAGCGAUCUAUAAGUUGAAGAAAAUUAUUAAGUAUAUGUACACGCGUGGAUGCUAUAAGCAAUCUUAAGUAUGAUAAAUUGUGAACAAUUGGCUUUAUCCUGCUCGGAUAGUCGUGGAUUUCAGAUCAGAGAAGAGGAGAACGUUUACCAAGGUCGUUGAAGAGGAGCCGGAAUCAGAAAGAGGGAGAAGGUUUGCCACGUCUAAUAAGAGGGAACUGAACAAAAAGGAGCAUGUGCGGAAAAUUCAAGAGGUGAGGAGAUAAAAGGAGAAGGGGGUGUUCCAUUUUUUGAGGUGGGUCUUGUUGUUCAAUAUCUAGGAGACGUGCUAGGAUUAUUUUCGGGAAGCUGCUACUCUCGGACAAGCAUGCUGAGAAAAGGAUAUAAACACUUGUUCUACUUUCUAGUACCUGAUAGCAUAGGAGUAUAUCAUUCUUACUAAAUCAAGAUUCAUCAGUAACACAUCAGUAUGAAAGCGAAUAUUUUUCAGUGUUUUAAGGGAAAGACUUUCCUCCUUUCCUUAACUAUAGAUGAUUGGAGAAAAAAAGGGCAUGCAUUUCACAGGAUUCAGUAACUAGGCUUUCUUGUAUUUUUAUUACUAUUAAUUUGUUAGUAUGAUUUUGCUGCAGAUGAUAUACUGGUAUACCUGCAUGUGCAAAUCGUUGGGGGAGCUGCUGUGCAUUUUCCUCAUAAUUUCUGUCUCAUUUCUCAUGUUGAAAUCCAUCAAGCUCCAUUUUUUUGACUUUAACGCAACCUUCACCCUAACUAGAUUGCAUUUCUCAAGUUGAAAUUUUGCUCAGAUGGAUUUGCAGCGAGUUCUCACUCUCAGACUCCAUUCUUGAUUUUUUUUACUUGGCAAUAUUUUUUGCAGGACAUGAGGUAACUUCCUAGCUGUUUCUGGGAAACCAUGAUCGUGACUAUGAAUGUGAUUCAAUAAUCUAAUGUAGUUGAAAUAUUAAACAAAUAUGGUAGAGAGAAAAAUCAAAAAUCAAAGAACACUGACACACCACAACACAAUCCGAGACUUCAUUUUGGCUAAAUGUGGGUGCUGACAGACACUGUUAGCACACGCUUUAACAUCACCCUCUUUUUGUUAUAUUAGAUGCUCAUUUUUCAGACAGGGAUAGACAAGAAACAGAAUAGUUUGAGAAUGAUGUCGAUGGAUGAGGUGAUGCAAAUUGUCAAAGAGGAGUUGGAAUCCAAGAAAGCGAGAAUCUUUUCUAAGGUUGAAGAGGAGUUGGAAUCCAAGAAAGCGAGAAUCUUUUCCGAGGUCGAAGAGGAGAUUGAAUCAGCAAAAAGGAACAUAUAUAGUAGAUUGAAGAGCUAUUUCAAACAUGGGGAUCAGACCUCAUCUCAGAGCAACAUGAAACUGGAGUUGAGGAAACGGAUUGCUCGAAAAAUCUUGACUGGUGAUGAGAUCAAAGGAGAAGGAGGUGUUCCUAUUGAGGUGGCUCUUGUUGAUGACGUGACAGGAGAUGUCAUAGUUGAUGAACCCGAGGCCUCUUCAAAAGUUGAGUUUUUUCUUCUCAAAGCCAAGUCAGAUGCUUCCGAAGCAGAUGAUUGGACAGCUGAAGAAUUCAACGCGACCAUUGUUCCUCAAGUGAAAGGAAAGAUGCCUAUUCUCGCUGGAAAUGCACUCCUGCAGCUGCAUAGAGGUGUUGCUGUUGCGAAGAACAUCUCGAUCAGACACCACGUUAGCGAAAUAAAGCCACCAGAGUUCAAGUUAGGCGCGAGAGUUGUUGGUGCUUAUGCUCGUAUAAAGGAAGCCAAGACGGAGGCCUUCACCCUCAAGAAUUUCCGCAUCAAAUAUAAUGAGAAACAUGCGAAUCCAUCUCUAUCUGAUAAAGUAUGGCGGUUAGAUUGUAUUUGUAGGCGUGGUGAGAUCGAUAAGCGUCUUCAAGAAAACAGCAUCUGCACCGUGGAGGAUUUCCUCAUUCAACACCUCAAAAAUCCUCAACGCCUCCAGAAUGCUGAUGCUGAUAAACUGUUAGCAUCUGCUUGCCAGAAUUGGGGGCUGGUAAAGGCUUUUAAUGAUCAGAGUUCUCUUCAGCAGCACCUAGCUGGUUUAAGUCCAUAUAUUGGCGGGUCGAGCGGUCAUAUACAUUUGGAGACUUCAUAUCACAGUUUCGACCCGAUGAUGAGCUUUCCUGGAUACCAGGAUUUCUUUGCAGACGUUGAUGAGUACAUGUACGAAACCUUUGGUUACGGAGAUGGCCUAAUGAACGAGUGGAAUGCAGCAUCUGAGGUGGUUGAAGGUGGGAGAAAGGGAUGGAAAGUAUUGCUCAUUGUUUUGAAAUUUAGGAAAAGGGUGGUUUUAGAUGUUAGUUCAAUUCGGAAGAAACAGAGAGUUGGGUAACGAUACUGAUACUCUCUUGUGAGUUGUGAUCACGAAUUUUUGAGUUACUAUCUAUUAUGCCAUCUGUAUAAUACUACUGAAUUUGGUAUAUAAACAUCCUUGUUU